GAAAUUUUCGAGUUAGUAGCUUGGAAUCCGCGAAACGGUAAACGUUGCCUUGUAUUCAAGUAGCAGAUACUUCGAUUCUUAUUAAAUGGAUUGGUUAUCAAUUGCUCUGCUGUUUAUAAUUGGCAUCAUAUCAAGUGUUUUUCUGUUUUUCAAAAAAAGAUAUUCCUAUUGGAAGGAUCGGGGAGUACCGUUUUUAAAACCGACAUUUCCUUUCGGGAAUUUCACACCCAAGAAAGCAAUUCAUUUCAAAGACGUGACUGGCAACAUUUACAACCAAAAAAAUGGAGGACCAUUCGUGGGAGGAUACUUCUUUGCAUCACCUGUUGUUGUAGCAACCGAUUUGGAUUUCGUGCAAAAUGUGCUUAUAAAAGAUUUUAGCACAUUCCAUAACAGAGGAAUCUACAACAACGAAGUAGAUGAUCCUUUAUCGGCGCAUAUGUUUAGUUUGGACGGCGAGAGAUGGAAAUCAUUGCGGGCAAAGCUAUCACCAACCUUCACUUCGGGUAAAAUGAAGUUCAUGUUUUCUACCGUUGCGGAAGUCGCUGAGCGUUUUAACGCCACCUUGGCUAAUCUUGUCAAACCUAGUGCUGUAUUAGAGAUGAAAGACCUAUCUGCAAGAUUCACAACUGAUGUUAUCGGGUCUUGUGCGUUUGGGAUUGAAUGCAACAGUUUGGGUACCCCAGAUUCAGAAUUUCGUCGCUACGGAACGAAAGUGGUCAGUGAUUUCCCGUUACCGGUUCUAAUUUUUUUGGCAACCUCUUAUCCGGAUUUGGCAAGGAAGUUUCAUUUAAGGAUUUUCUCGAAAGAUGUUAGCGAUUUCUUCAUGAAUACAGUGCGUGAAACUAUUAAAUAUCGAGAAAAAAGCAAUGUCAGGCGAAACGAUUUCAUGGACCUAUUAAUCCAGCUCAAAAACAAUAAAUUGGAGGAUGAACAUUCAAGGAAAUUGGGGUCUUUGACAUUCAACGAGGUCGCUGCCCAGGCUUUCCUAUUUUUCUUUGCUGGAUUUGAAACUUCUUCCACUACAAUGAUUUUCGCUUUAUAUGAAUUGGCACUAAACCCUGACAUUCAAAAAAAAGCACGUAAAGAGAUUGAACAGGUGUUGUCGAAGCACAAUGGAGAGAUUAGUUACGAAAGUAUCAAGGAAAUGGUGUAUAUCGAUCAAAUUAUCAGUGAAACUUUGCGGAAAUAUCCUACGGUGAUAAAUCUUUUAAGAAAAGCUGCUAAAGACUACGCCGUUCCAAACUCUAAUUUUGUAAUUGAAAAGGGAACAUCCGUAUUCAUACCUACUUUUUCAAUUCACCAUGACCCAGAAAUUUAUGAGAAUCCGGAAAUUUUUGACCCGUUGCGUUUUUCUCCAGAGCAAGUUCAUAAUCGCCAUCCAGUCGCGUUUCUGGGCUUUGGGGAUGGCCCAAGAAACUGUGUAGGAUUGAGAUUCGGAAGAAUGCAGUCUCGUAUUGGAUUGGUCACUCUUUUGAAGAAUUACCGCUUUAGACCAUGUGAAAAGACUACUAUUCCAAUGGAAUUCGUGGAUGGAAUUCCGCUGCUUGCUCCUAAACAUGGAAUGUAUCUCACUGUAGAGAAAGUAUAGAUUGAAGGAAGUGGGGGCUGCAAUAUAAUAUUUUUA